AUGGCUACACUCCGUGGAGAGCGACAGCCAGAGAUCAGCAAGAAGCUCUUUAAGAUGAUCAAGACGGAGAACCACAUCAUCGAUGCCUACGAAUCUGCAGGGCGAGACCGGAUCUCCGUGGCAUCUCAAUUGUCCGAAUGGGGCGAGUCGACAGGAGAUGCUGCCAUCUCUGACCUGUCGGACAAGCUGGGCGUCGUUCUCGCCGAGAUUGGGGAGCAGGAAGACAAUUAUGCUCAGAAUCUAGAAGACUCUCGCAAUGUUUUGAAGCAUAUUCGAAACACGGAGAGCUCCGUCCAGCCUGCUCGUGACCACAAGGCAAAGCUCAUUGAUGAGAUUCACAAGAACAAGCAGCGGGAUCCCGGCAGCUCCAAGGUAACUACGUUGGAGCAAGAGCUUGUCAGGGCAGAGGCUCAGGCCCUGGUUGCUGAGGCACAGUUGACCAAUAUGACACGGCAAAAGUUCAAAGAGUCCUACGACAUGCAACUGGCGGCCACGAUUGAAAGGGCUGAGAAACAGUUGAUACUCGCUCGGCAUGGACGCAGAAUCCUGAAUCUGCUCGAUGACACCCCGUUGGUGCCGGGCGAGGCACGUAAGCCUUACGAAGCAACAGAGCAAGGAAAGCAAGUCCUUGAGGAAGCAGAACAGGAGUUGCGCUCGUGGGAGCCUAGUAUGGAGCCGGUCACGUCGUCUGCCGGAGGAGUCGGGGCUGGAAUGCUCCCAACCCAACCCCGAGAGCAGGCGGCGAAUGGAGAUUAUACUGACGGCGGGCGAGAGGAGAUCACGUACGAGAAGGAGACGUUGACUGUUAACGAGCCUGGAGGAGCUGGAACACACAUUGCGUCCUGA